UCAGGGGUUCGAACCCCACUUUAUUUUUUAUUUAUAUAUACCUUAGUAAUUGUUUUUUGAAUAAGAACUCAGUCAAAUAUAUGCACGUCUAAAAUCACAUUGUCAAUUAAAAAGGAGCACAACAAUGUACUAACACAUUGCAUUGCAUAAAAAAAAAAAUCACUCGGCUUAUUAUUUUACUAAUCGUUUUUUGAGGGAAUUUUUCAAUAUGAACAAUCCCUUAUAUAAAGUCCGGUUUUAACUUCAGUUCUAAAUUUUCUUAAACCACUACGCGCUACCCCUGAUUAGAAAUCCCGAAUGCGUCACUGCCUCCAACAAUAGUCGAACUACAACCUCCGAGUCCACUGCAAGCUGCACCUUACGAUGACCUCUAUUCCAAGCAAUCGCAAAACCCCUAAGAACCCAAAUUUGAACAUUAUAAAAACGGAGUCAGCAAUUUGGUGUCGUGGUGUAGUUGGUUAUCACGUCAGUCUAACACACUGAAGGUCUCCAGUUCGAGUCCGGGCGACGCCAUCAGUUCAUUUUUUUUUUAUUAAACUCUCAAAUUUAUUUCAAAACGACAUCGUGUAAAUCAAUAAUACAUCAACAUUCGACACGAUCGACAGUCGUCGGCAAAACACAAAACCGCAGAUCUCAAACCAUCAAUUUCCUAAAUCCCCAUCGCGCGCAAUCUCAGUGGCAACAAUGGAAGAACAAAACACCAAAAAUGGCGGAGGAGAGAGAAAAUGGCGAAAACGAAACCACAACAACAAACUAACUAAAGCAGAUAUAGCCGACACUUUGCGCAAAUCAUGGUAUAGAUUACGCCUUUCAGUGCGCCACCCUUCUAGGGUCCCGACGUGGGACGCCGUCGUUUUAACGGCGGCGAGUCCUGAGCAAGCUCAGCUUUACGAAUGGCAGCUUAAUCGCGCUAAACGCCUUGGUCGGAUUGCUGAAUCUACGGUUACUCUUGCUGUUCCGGAUCCUCAUGGUCAUCGUAUCGGGUCGGGUUCUGCUACUCUCAAUGCUAUUCUUCAGUUGGCUCUUCAUUAUCAGAGGAUUGCUGGUAAUAAUGGAGAUGAUUCGGCUGUGCAAAGAGCUGAUGGAAGUCUUGACUCUGCUUCUCCUGAAAGGUUUGACAAUGGAGUUCCUGACCUGCUGUGCAUUGAUUUUUUGGCAAAAAAGCAUAUACUAUUGCUGCAUGCUGGAGGUGACUCUAAAAGAGUCCCGUGGGCAAAUCCUAUGGGGAAGGUUUUUCUGCCACUUCCAUAUUUAGCAGCAGAUGACCCUGAUGGGCCUGUACCUUUGCUUUUUGACCAUAUACUUGCAAUAUCAUCCUGUGCAAGGCAGGCUUUCAAAAAUAAAGGUGGGUUGUUCAUUAUGACGGGAGACGUACUUCCUUGUUUUGAUGCCUCCAAUAUGUUUCUACCAGAGGAUGCGUCAUGCAUCAUCACAGUUCCUAUAACUCUUGACAUUGCCUCCAAUCAUGGUGUUGUUGUGGCUUCUAAAACUGCAAAUUUAGAUGCUAUUUCUUCUGUCAGUUUAGUUGAAAAUCUUCUGCAGAAACCUAGUAAGGAGGAGCUUGUUGAAAGUCAGGCUCUUCUGGAUGAUGGCAGAACAUUGCUUGACACUGGAAUUAUAGCAGUCAGAGGUAAAGCAUGGGUUGAGCUUGUCAACCUUGCAUGCUCUGGUCAAUCAUUGAUUCUGCAGCUACUAGAUAGUAAAAAAGAGAUGAGCUUGUAUGAAGAUUUAGUUGCAGCUUGGGUGCCGACAAAACAUGAAUGGUUAAGGAAGCGACCAUUGGGGGAGGAACUUGUCAAUAAAUUGGGAAAGCAACAAAUGUUCAGCUAUUGUGCUCAUGAAUUACUCUUUUUGCAUUUUGGAACAUCAAGUGAAGUAUUGGAUCAUCUUAGUGGUGCUGACUCUGGACUUGUAGGACGCAGACAUCUUUGCUCUAUACCAGCAACCACUACAUCUGACAUUGCAGCAUCAGCUAUUAUUCUUUCCAGUGAAAUUGCUCCAGGAGUCUCAGUUGGUGAAGAUACCCUAAUUUAUGAUUCUUCAAUUUCUAGUGGAAUACAAAUUGGCUCCCUGUCUGUUGUUGUUGGUAUAAACAUUCCUGGGGGUGUUCAAGAUCCAGUAAGAUUUAUGCUUCCAGAUCGGCACUGCAUUUGGGAGGUACCAUUGUCUGGCUGUAAUGAUCGGGUUAUUGUGUACUGUGGUCUUCAUGAUAACCCAAAGACUUCAAUGUCUAAGGACGGAACAUUUUGUGGGAGACCAUGGAAGAAAGUGUUGCGUGAUUUACACAUUCAGGAAACUGAUCUCUGGAGUUCUACAGGUGACAGUGAAAAAUGUUUAUGGAAUGCAAAAAUAUUUCCAAUCCUCCCUUACUUUGAAAUGCUUCAAUUAGUGUCAUGGUUAAUGGGAUUGCGUGACCAGAAAAAUCAAUCCAUGCUUAUUUUAUGGAGAAAUUCUCCUCGCAUGAGUUUGGAAGCAUUGCAUAGAUCCAUUGAUUUUCAAAAAAUGUGCUUGGGUUCCAGUACUCAUCAAGCUGAUCUAGCUGCGGGUAUAGCAAGGGCAUGCAUUAGCUAUGGAUUGUUAGGACGAAACUUGUUUCAACUGUGUGAAGAGAUACUGCAAAUAGAAAAGUCAGGAGCUGAAAUCUGCAAGGACUUCUUGGCAAUGUGUCCCAGCCUCCAGGUGCAGAACUCAAAUAUAGUUCCCAAAAGCCGUGCAUACCAGGUGAAAGCUGACCUUCUCCGGGCCUGUAGAGAUGAGAUGCUGGCAAAUGAUCUGGAAAGCAAAGUUUGGGCUGCAGUUGCAGACGAAACUGCUUCAGCUGUUAGAUAUGGUUUUAAAGAGAAUCUUCUGGAUGCAUCUCAUGGCAUACCCGCGUUAAUACACCAAGGCAAUAAACUUGACAUUGGUGCAGAAGAGCAAAACUUGCUCCGGAGUGUGAAGGUUGAAUUACCUGUACGUGUAGAUUUUGUUGGGGGUUGGAGUGAUACUCCACCAUGGAGUUUGGAGCGUGCUGGUUGUGUUCUUAACAUGGCUAUCUGUCUGGAAGGUUCUCUCCCAAUUGGCACGACCAUAAAAACAACUAGAACAGCUGGUGUAUUAGUUAGUGAUGAUGCUUCAAAUGAGCUAUUUGUCCAAGAUCCUACCUCCAUUGUCCCUCCAUUUGAUAGUGAUGAUCCAUUUAGGCUUGUCAAGUGUGCAUUGCUUGUUACUGGUGUCAUUCAUGACAAGAAGUCUAUGGGCUUGGAGAUCAAAACCUGGGCCAAUGUUCCACGUGGUAGUGGCCUAGGGACAUCAAGCAUCCUUGCAGCUGCUGUAGUGAAGGGACUCCUUCAAAUAAUUGAAGGGGACGAUGAGGAAGAAAAUGUUGCUAGGCUAGUAUUGGUACUAGAGCAGCUUAUGGGAACAGGGGGAGGCUGGCAGGAUCAGAUUGGUGGGUUAUAUCCUGGUAUUAAAUUUACAACUAGCUUCCCUGGAAUUCCUUUGCGGCUUCAAGUCAUUCCUCUUUUGGCAUCCCCUGAACUGAUGUUGCAAUUGCAUCGGAGAUUGCUUGUGGUAUUUACCGGUCAAGUCCGACUUGCACGCAAAGUAUUGCAGAAUGUGGUGACUCGCUACCUAAGACGAGAUAAUCUGCUUGUAUCCAGCAUCAAGCGUCUUGCUGAACUUGCAAAAAUAGGGAGGGAAGCUCUCAUGAACGGAGACAUAGAUGAGUUGGGUGAUAUCAUGAUGGAGGCGUGGAGGCUGCAUCAAGAACUGGAUCCAUUUUGUAGUAAUGAAUCUGUUGAUCGAUUUUUCGAAUUUGCCGAACCUUAUUGUUGCGGCUACAAGCUGGUGGGUGCUGGUGGUGGGGGUUUUGCGUUAUUGCUUGCUAAGGAUGUGGAUCGUGCUGACGAGCUGAGACAUCUUUUAUCACAGACCUCAGUUCUUGACGUGAAAGUCUAUGAUUGGAAUAUCUUUUCCGAGUUCUAAUGUACAAGUCUUUUUUGGUCUUUCCACCAAUUAUUUUCAUCACUACGUCCGUUAUAUUCUUUCCCAAAAUAAUGAGUUGUACUGCCCUUAAUUAUUGACAUGUAAGUAUGUUAUAGUACUUGUAUUGUGCACAGAAUGUAUUCAUUUGAUACAUUUAGUAUGUCAGUAUAUGUACCUAAUGCUCUUCUCUUGUAUAUUGUCUAUACUUAUAAUGACAAUUUUAUGACCGAUUU